CAGCUGAUCAGACUGAUGUCAGCGAGCAACCGCAUCACAAAAGCCAGUAUUUUUGAAUACGUGAAACUCCACAGACCUGUGGCUCGGGUCCAAGGGAUGUCCUCAGGUAUCUCACACCAAAGUCAGAAGAGGUUGGAGAUCACGUAUGUUAUUGGAAAGUUCAUCUUUAUGGACACACCCAAGUUUUACGAGCAGGGAUCUGUCGUGGAGGGAAAAGUCAAAGCGGUUCGUUACGAUGGUACACCCAUCGCUAACAUGGUGGUGUAUCUGCUCGAGGGUAGUAGGUGGUCGCCACGUCUGCUGCAGAAUGUCACAACUGACAGCGAAGGUAUCGCCAAUUUCUCGAUUAGCACAGCCGAGAUAAACAGAGACAUCCAGCUCACGGCAAGCAGCAAACCCCACAAUGUGCAUGAAAACCAUCAGACUCCGUUCUAUCAAAGUGGAGAGCACACAGUGUCGCAGAUCAAACCUUUAACUCAAGAGACUAAAACGAUCAGCUCCUUGGAGGUGCAGAAGAAGGAUAGAACACUUGCCUGCGACACAGAGGAAGACCUCCACAUCAAGUUUUUUGUAGUCGGGGAAGCUCAGGGCAAAGCAGAUGUGAUGUAUCUGGUCUUAUCCAGAGGAGCCAUCGUGAUGCAAGGAUCCAAACAGAUUGAAGUACAGGAUAAACCAAUGACCGAGGGCCAGAUGUCCUUUAAGCUGAGAGUGUCUCCAGAGAUAGCCCCAGUCGUCCAGGUGGUGGCGUACGCCGUCCUCCCCAGUGAGACGGUGAUCGCCCACAGUGCUGAGUUCACCACAGAGAAAUGCUUCAGUCACAAGGUGUCUCUGGAGUUUUCUCCGUCCUCAGCUGUCCCAGGUGAGGAAAACACCCUGCAGGUGACCGCCCAUCCUGACUCUCUGUGUGGUCUGAGCGCUGUGGACCAGAGCGUCCUCAUCAAGGAGCCAGGGAAAACUCUGAACGUUGACAAGAUAUUCAAUCUGUUGCCUGUGACAAAAUCAACUUCUAUUCCAAAUGCAGCUGAAGACCCUGUUGAAUGCAUUAAGAGAUCAAGAAUAACCACAAUUGUGGAUGAUGAGGACUUCCUGUACCCCCAACCCUACCCUACAGAUGAUGCUUAUAAUGUUUUCCAGAAUGUAGGACUGAAGAUGGCAACCAAUUUGUUAAGCACAAUGCCUACAUGCAUGAGGUCUAGAGAAAUGGAAUACUACCUCGCAUACGAUAUGGAUAUUCAAGAUGUUACUUAUGCAAUGGUUCCUCAUUAUGAUAUAGAGAUAGAGGCUGCACCUGUGGAGACAGUCCGCAGUUUUUUCCCUGAGACUUGGAUAUGGGACAUGGUGGAAAUUGGAGCGUCUGGAACCAAAGUCAUCCCCCUCACCGUCCCUGACACCAUCACCACCUGGGAGACGGAGGCUUUCUGUUUGUCCCCUCAAGGUUUCGGCUUGGCUCCUCGUAAAGAGCUCACCGUCUUCCAGCCCUUCUUCCUGGAGCUCAGCCUGCCGUACUCCAUCAUCCGAGGGGAGAACUUUGAGCUGAAGGUGACUGUCUUGAGCUACCUGUCCAGCUGCAUCAUGGUCACUGUGACUCCAACUCCCUCCUUGGAUUACACCCUCACCCCUCUCUCUGGUGACCAGUACACAUCCUGUUUGUGUCGCAACGAGCGCAAGACCCUCAGCUGGAUCAUGGCCCCCGCAGCCUUAGGGGAUGUAAACGUGACUAUGACCGCUGAGGCUGUGGCGUCCCAUGCUUCCUGUAACAAUGAGAUCGUGAACGUCCCAGAGAGAGGUCGUAUCGACGUGGUCACAAAAUCUCUCAUAGUGAAGGCUGAAGGAACCGAGAUGACAAAGACCCACAACUGGCUGCUCUGUCCUAAAGAUGAGGCUUUGACGGAGGAAAUAAACAUACAGCUUCCUGCUAACGUGAUUGAUGGAUCUGCUCGUGCUCUUGUUUCAGUCCUGGGUGACAUCCUGGGCCGAGCUCUGAAGAACCUGGACGGGCUGCUGCGGAUGCCGUACGGAUGUGGCGAACAGAACAUGGCACUCCUGGCCCCCAACAUCUACAUCCUCCAAUACCUGAAAAACACCCAGCAACUGACCCCCAAAAUCAUGGAUAAGUCGGCUAACUUCCUGACCAGUGGCUACCAGAGACAGCUGAACUACAAACAUGCUGGAGGUGCUUACAGCACGUUUGGAACGGGAUCGGGGAACACCUGGCUGACAGCUUUCGUGGUGAGAUCCUUUGCCAAAGCACAGUCCUUCGUCUUCAUCGACCCAGUAAAGAUUCAAGAGUCAAAGACCUGGCUGGAGAGCAAGCAGCGGGAACAAGGCUGUUUUGAAAAGUCGGGAAAACUCUUCAACAACAGAAUGAAGGGCGGUGUGUCUGAUGAAGUGACUCUCACUGCGUACAUCAUUGCUGGCUUCCUGGAGAUGAACUCGUCUGUUAGUAAUCCUGUGGUGAGCAACGGCCUGUCCUGUCUCAAGGCGUCCUUGGGUGACCUCAGCAACACCUACGCCACAGCACUGAUGGCGUACGUCUUCACCCUGGCUGGAGACAUAGAGACCCGAGGCCAGCUCCUGAGGCACCUUGACACAGUAGCAAUACGCUCAGGAGGUUACCUCCACUGGUCUCAGUCAGCGACAGACACCUCCUACCCUCUUUCUGUGGAGAUCAGCUCUUAUGUGCUGCUGUCCGUACUCAGUGUCUCUCCUUCUGCUGAAGAACUGGGAUACUCCACCGGCAUCGUCAGAUGGCUGACCACCCAGCAGAACUAUUACGGAGGCUUCUCCUCCACACAGGACACAGUGGUGGCUCUGCAGGCUCUGGCUCUCUACUCCACUCGUGUGUUCAGUCCAGAAGGUUCAAGCACAGUGGCGGUCCAGUCUCCCAGCGGUCAGCUGAUGUUUGACGUGAACCAGGACAACAAGCUGCUCUACCAGGAGGAGCUGCUGAAGGAUGGGACAGGAAAGUACAGCCUGGAGGUGAAGGGAACUUCCUGUGCUUCCAUUCAGAUUUCUCUUCACUACAACAUCCCAACUCCUACUGAUGGCACCAAGCUCAGGGUGGAGGUCCAACCUGAAGCCCUUUGUGGAGGCACUUCUAACAGACGCAAGCUUACUCUGAAGACCAAGACCCUAUACUACGGUGAGGAGCCGACUACGAACAUGGUGAUCCUGGACCUCAAAAUGCUCUCUGGAUUUAUCCCGAACCCUGAGUCUCUGAAGAAGCUCAAAGGCGCCCUGCUGGUGGAUCGUGUUGAACAGAACAAAGACCAUGUUUUGGUGUAUCUUAAGGAGUUGCCGAAGGACAUAGCCAUCAAUCACAAGUUAGAGCUCAUCCAGGAGAUCCAAGUGCAGAACCUGAAGCCAGCUGUGGUCAACAUCUAUGACUACUACCAGCCAAAUGACAAGGCUGAGACUCAGUACACCUACCCCUGUGUUGCAGGUUGAACACCUGUGUUGUCUUGAUGGUUCCAGGAAGAUCCUAAAUAAAGCUCCAUUUUGUUCAAAGUCA